AUGACCAAGAAAAAUGUUUUAGAGGAAGAGGCAAAUGGCGAAUUGACAGUGCCUCUUAAUACAGACGAGAUCGGAGCAAAUGGAAAAGCACGUGCUAAAUGGGAUAGCAAAUUACAAUAUUUUUUUAUGGUGAUCAGCUAUGCUGUUGGACUUGGAAAUGUUUGGAGAUUUCCCUAUCUUGUUCAACAACAUGGAGGAGGAGCAUUCCUCAUUCCAUACCUCAUCAUGCUGUUUGUGGAAGGCAUGCCACUGCUGUACCUGGAGUUUGCCUCAGGACAGCACUUCCGUAUGGGCAGCAUGGGCACUUGGAACAAGGUGCACCCUUUCCUGGGAGGUGUGGGUAUCGCCAGUGCCGUGACUUCGUUCAUGGUUGGUGUGUAUUACAAUGCCAUCAUCAUGUGGUGUUUCUACUACAUAUUCCACUCCUUCCAGAGCCCGCUCCCCUGGGCGACCUGUCCUACGGUCCUUAAGGAGGGCACCAAUAUAUCCAUCCCUGUUGAGGAGUGUGACAUAUCAGGACCUACAUCCUAUUUCUGGUACCGAAAUGCUCUCGAUAUUUCUGGCAGUAUUGAGGAGUCCGAUGGAAUUAAGUGGAAGAUGCUGCUCUGUCUGAUAUUUGCCUGGCUCAUCAUUUAUGCCUGCAUUUGGAAGGGAAUCAAGUCUUCUGGCAAGGUGGUAUAUGUGACGGCCACAUUUCCCUACGUCGUUCUCCUCAUCUUCUUUGGACGUGGCAUUACACUUAAAGGUGCUACAGAUGGACUCAUACAUAUGCUCAGCCCUAAGAUGGACCGACUGGCGGAUCCUCAGGUUUGGCUGGAUGCAGCAACACAGAUCUUCUACUCGUUCGGACUCGGCUUUGGUGGACUGAUCGCCUUCUCCAGUUACAACCCACGAAAUAAUAACUGUGAACGAGAUGCCAUUAUUGUAUCCCUAACAAACUGGUUCACCGCCAUCUUGGCAUCUACAGUCAUCUUCUCUGUGCUUGGCUUCAAAGCCACGACCAUGUACGAAAACUGUGUGGAAAGGAACAUGGAAAAGCUAAUUGAAAUUUACCCAGAAUGGAAUGCGACGACACUAACUAUGGAGGUGUAUAAAACUACUUUUGAGAACAAUGAGACCUUGAUGAAUUCUUCACUGGCACAUUUCCGAUAUUGUAAUUUCCAUGACGACUUAGAUAAGGCAGCAGAAGGGACCGGAUUAGCUUUUAUUGUAUUCACACAAGCCAUUAACGAGUUCGGACCUUCUGCUCCAUUUUGGUCCAUCAUCUUCUUCCUGAUGCUUCUGUCCCUGGGAAUUGGCAGCGAGUUUGGAACACUAGAAGGAGUAACAACAUGUAUCUACGAUCUCGAAAGUCAUCCGUGGCUCAAAAAGAAAUGGCUUGUCUCUGGUGUAUUGUGCCUCAUUAGUUGUAUGAUUGGUAUCCUGUUCGUCCUUGGGAGUGGAUCGUACUGGGUCGCCUUAUUUGACUCCUAUGCCGGUUCUUUCCCCUUGAUUAGUGUGGCCCUAACAGAAGCAAUUGCCAUUGGCUGGGUUUACGGAGUCAACAGAUUUGGAGAUGACCUUGAGACAAUGAUUGGUCACCAGCCCCACAUCUACUGGAAGAUCGUAUGGAAGUUCAUUGCUCCGUUUCUGAUCGCAGGGCUCCUUACUUCCACGCUCAUCAGCAAGUUUGUCAAACCCAUCACUUACAAGGCCUACGACAGGGAAAUAGCAGAAAUGACGGACAGAUUCUAUCCAUGGUUUGCUGGGCUUAUGGCUGCCUUCCUGGUCCUUGUGUCAGUCCUCUGUAUUCCUGGCGUGGCAAUUCUACGGAAAUUGGGCAUUCUACGAUACAAGGAUUAUGCUAAAGGCGCUCAGGCACAAACAGGUGGUCACACCACCUCUACCGUAGCUUUCAUGAGAACAGCUGCUGAAGAUAAUGACUCCGGACAUAAUUCUGAUGAAAUCAAUGAAGAUCAGGAUCGUGGAACGAGCUGUGCUGUGAUCGAUGAGCAUGUAACAUUUGGAUUAGGGACAGACAAAGAUGUUUAA